AUGGCUCUACCUAACGAUGAGGAUCGCUAUGAGAGCUUGGCAGAGGUGGCCCUCUCCCUUGAUAAUGAGAAGCUCUCGGAUUCUUCGGGUGAGACAUCUGAACAGCUGUUGGAGGUAAAGAUGAAAGAGGAAGCCCGAUCAAAAAAAGCAGAGGCGAUCCGCCAAGCAUGCCGCUCUCGCGACAUGGAGGCAAUCAUCUCCUAUGCCGUAAGUGAGGGUGGACUUUUGGAGGAUGAGCUCCGACAGGAAGCGUGGCCUAUUCUUCUGCAAUACGACAAAGAUACACCACACGAUGACCUGAAGCCAUCAGAGGAACUCCCACCGCAUACCGAUGAGGAGCAAGUUCAACUGGAUGUUAAUCGGUCAUUUGUGUAUUACCCAAAUAACCUUCCUGCAGAGAAUAUUGCAGCAAAGAAAGAGCAAUUAUCAGCUUUGAUCACCAAAGUCCUUCGAAACUACCCUAUGCUAUGUUAUUUCCAGGGUUAUCAUGACAUCGUUCAAGUCUUUUUCUUGGUUCUGGGGAAUCAACACGCCGCAUCAGUUAUGGCCCACAUCUCCCUUUUCCGUAUCAGAGAUUACAUGCUCCGGACACUAUCUCCGGCUAUCAAACAUUUGCAACUCAUACCUGCAAUCAUUGAAACAGCCGAUCCUGCAUUGCGACAACACCUCGCCCACAUUCAGCCUUUCUUUGCUCUUGCCGCCACCCUCACGCUCUACGCGCAUGAUAUUCAGGAAUACAGCGAUAUUGCAAGGCUUUAUGACUUUUUACUGGCAAAAGAGCCGGUGGUCUCUAUCUACCUGUUCGCAGCAAUUAUUUUGUCCCGCAGGAAAGAAAUCUUGGAUAUUCCUCUGGAUGAGCCAGAGAUGCUUCAUUUCACCCUUUCAAAGCUGCCACAGCCACUGGAUCUAGAUAACCACAUAUUGUGUGCAGAGCAGCUCUUCAGGGACCACCCUCCGGAGACUUUGCCAUCUGGAAUAUGGAGGAGCAUCUCACAAUACAGCGUGCUCAAGACUUCUAGGGGGUCAUUUUCAAAAUACUCCGUUGAGGAGGCGGUGAGGCUAUUUGAGAAGCAAAACCGACAGCUUCGUAAUGAGGAGCUUCGAAAGCAAGCCCUUGAGUUUACAUGGAAGCAUCGGCGGACGGUUGGAUCUGUCGCACUGGCUGUGUUAGUUGGUAUGGCAUCCUUCUACAUCCGUAGGAAGGGAAUGGAUACUUCAAUCUGGUCCUACAUCGGACGAGUCCAGGCAUUUUUUGUCUGA